UCCACCACAGCGAUGGCGGCCCAGGGAGCAGCAGCGGCGGUUGUGGCGGCGACUUCAGGGGUCGCGGGGGAAGGCGAGCCUGGGCCCGGAGAGAAUGUGGCCGUCGAGGGGACAGCCCCGUCCCCGGGCCGCGUCUCUCCUCCGACCCCCGCUCGCGGCGAGCCGGAAGUCACCGUGGAGAUCGGAGAAACGUACUUGUGCCGGCGGCCGGAUAGCACCUGGCAUUCCGCUGAAGUGAUCCAGUCUCGAGUCAAUGACCAGGAGGGCCGAGAGGAAUUCUAUGUACACUACGUGGGCUUUAACCGGCGACUAGACGAAUGGGUGGACAAGAACCGGCUGGCACUGACCAAGACGGUGAAAGACGCUGUGCAGAAGAACUCAGAGAAGUACUUGAGUGAGCUGGCCGAGCAGCCCGAACGCAAGAUCACUCGCAACCAAAAGCGCAAGCAUGAUGAGAUCAACCACGUGCAGAAGACCUAUGCAGAGAUGGACCCUACAACAGCAGCCUUGGAGAAGGAACACGAGGCGAUUACCAAGGUGAAGUAUGUGGACAAGAUCCAUAUCGGGAACUAUGAAAUCGAUGCCUGGUACUUCUCACCAUUUCCUGAAGACUAUGGGAAACAGCCCAAGCUCUGGCUUUGCGAGUACUGUCUGAAGUACAUGAAAUAUGAGAAGAGCUACCGCUUCCACUUGGGCCAGUGCCAGUGGCGGCAGCCCCCAGGGAAGGAGAUCUAUCGCAAGAGCAACAUCUCUGUGUAUGAGGUGGACGGCAAAGACCACAAGAUCUACUGUCAGAACCUGUGUCUGCUGGCCAAGCUUUUCCUGGACCACAAGACGUUGUACUUCGAUGUGGAGCCCUUUGUCUUUUACAUCUUGACCGAAGUGGACAGGCAGGGGGCCCAUAUCGUCGGCUACUUCUCCAAGGAGAAAGAGUCCCCAGAUGGCAACAAUGUGGCUUGCAUCCUGACCCUGCCCCCUUACCAGCGCCGUGGCUACGGAAAGUUCCUCAUCGCUUUCAGCUAUGAGCUGUCCAAGCUAGAGAGCACGGUGGGCUCCCCAGAGAAGCCACUGUCUGACCUCGGCAAGCUCAGCUACCGCAGCUACUGGUCCUGGGUCCUGCUGGAGAUCCUGCGAGACUUCCGGGGCACGCUGUCCAUCAAGGACCUUAGCCAGAUGACCAGUAUCACCCAGAAUGACAUCAUCAGCACCCUACAAUCCCUCAACAUGGUCAAGUACUGGAAGGGUCAGCAUGUGAUCUGUGUCACACCCAAGCUGGUGGAGGAGCACCUCAAAAGUGCCCAGUAUAAGAAGCCACCAAUCACAGGUGGGUGGGGGGCUGCCCAGAGAGAGAGAGAGAGAGAGUGUGUGUGUGUGUGUGUGGGGGGGGGUAGGUAUAAAAACUGCUGAGAGCCAAGGCCUCCUUUUUGCUGUCACAUGAUCCCAAACCAGUCAGACCAGCUCUCUGGACUGAAGCCUGGGGCAGGCUACUCAUUCCUGGGCUUCCCUGCCCACUCCCUCACCAGGACUCAAUCUGCCCUUUUGUUCUCACCCGGAGGAGGUGAAACCUGGCCUGGGCCCAGAGCAGCACAGCCAGGUAUGAGCAGGCCUGGCACGGAGGCCCGGCCUUGUCUCUCAUUCCUCUUCUCCCCACAGUGGACUCUGUCUGCCUCAAGUGGGCACCCCCCAAGCACAAGCAAGUCAAACUCUCCAAGAAGUGAAUGGCCUGUGUCCCCGCUGUUGGACCCAUCGUCUCUUUUGCUCCUCGCCUGUAAAUAUGUACAGUCCUGUUGUCCCCCUCAUCAUUUUUUAAAUAAAGUAAGUUCUGCCAGUGGCUUUGGACUUUGGAGGAGGGAGGGAGAGGC